CGCUACGCAAACGUUUGGGAACCAUUCGAACACCGACUUUCGGUUUGAUUAAACAAUGCCCGAGUUUACGAUUAUUCAGCCGGUUAAUUGAAUGUUUAAACUCGAAUUCGUGUUUAUUUUGGUAUAAAAAAAAAUCAAACUAAAUUCUACGUACGGUUUAAAUUAUUUGUAACGUGGUUAAUCGUGGCGUUUUUUUUUCACUUGUAACAAAUGUUUUAAGAUUUCAACUCGAGUGUCAGUUGGAUCCAUUAUGAAGAUGACCACCACCGCCGAUUCAGCAAUUACUGCCAAUGGGAAAUUAAUAGUGGUAGCGAAUCGUUUACCUUUCAUAUUGAAGAAAAAUACAGAAACCGGAAAAUGGGAACGAAAAGCCAGCGCUGGUGGUUUGGUUACUGCGGUCGCUCCGGUCGUAAUACAGGGUAAUGGAUUAUGGAUCGGAUGGCCCGGAGUACAGAUGGAUGAUCCGAAUACACCGAUCCCUCCGUCAGAUCCGAAAGACUGUUCGCCCACUGCUGGACUUAAACCUGAGCAGGUCGUAGCCGUUCACGUGGAACCUCAAACAUUCGAUAGUUAUUACAACGGAUGCUGCAACGGUACCUUUUGGCCGCUUUUCCAUUCGAUGCCGGAUAGAGCUGUGUUUUCAGCCGACACGUGGAAAGCUUACGGAGUGGUCAAUAAGGAAUUCGCAGAGAGAACCAUAAAUGCGUUGAAAUCCUUGAGUAAAGAAGACGUGGAAACUGGUACACCUCUUGUAUGGUUACACGAUUAUCAUUUAAUGUUAGCCGCGAAUACGAUUAGAAACGUCGCCGAAACCUUAGAUUUGAAGUUCAAAAUCGGAUUCUUUUUACAUAUUCCUUUCCCUCCUUGGGAUAUCUUUAGACUGUUUCCGUGGGCCGAUGAAAUAUUACAAGGAAUGCUCGGUUGUGAUAUGGUUGGCUUUCAUAUUGAAGAUUAUUGCUUGAAUUUCGUGGAAUGUUGCCAAAGAAGAUUGGGCUGUCGUGUGGACAGGAAAAGCUUACUGGUUGAACAUGGCGGUCGUACGGUGCGAAUUAGACCUUUACCCAUUGGCAUACCUUACGAUAGAUUUGUGCAAAUGGCUCAUACGGCGCCUAAAUUGAUCUCAACUAAUCAGCAAAUAGUAUUAGGUGUAGAUAGGCUAGAUUAUACUAAAGGACUCGUGCAUCGAUUAAGGUCGUUCGAGGCUUUACUCGAAAAACAUCCUGAACAUAUUGGAAAGGUUACCAUGUUGCAAAUAUCAGUUCCUUCGCGUACAGACGUCAAAGAAUACCAGGACUUGAAAGAAGAAAUGGACCAAUUAGUCGGCCGUAUCAAUGGCCGAUUCACCACACCGAACUGGUCACCGAUUCGGUAUAUUUACGGAUGCGUCAGCCAAGUCGAACUGGCUGCCUUCUAUCGUGAUUCAGCUGUUGCAUUGGUGACUCCUCUACGUGAUGGAAUGAAUUUAGUGGCCAAAGAAUUCGUCGCUUGUCAAAUAAAUCCCUCUCCAGGUGUCCUGAUCGUAUCCCCUUUCGCCGGAGCUGGAGAAAUGAUGCACGAAGCUUUGAUAUGUAACCCUUACGAAAUCGACGACGCAGCCGAAGUUAUCCACAGAGCCUUAACAAUGCCCGAAGACGAACGAGUACUCAGAAUGAACUGUCUAAGACGUCGUGAAAAAGAAAACGACGUUAAUUACUGGAUGCGCUCCUUCCUCAAAGCCAUGGGCACCUUGAUCACCGAAGAUGGCGAAGAUGUCCUGCAGACCACAAUGCAACCCGUCACUUUGGAAGAUUUCGACGAAUAUUUGAGCAAAUAUAUUGGACAAACCGAUAAAUUGGCUUUACUUUUGGAUUACGACGGAACCUUGGCACCUAUCGCGCCUCAUCCUGAUUUGGCCAUUUUACCCAAUGAAACUAAAUGUGUACUCGAAAGAUUAGCCAACACGCCCGAUGUUUUUGUCGCCAUCGUGUCCGGACGAAAUGUGAAUGACGUGAAGGAAAAGGUUGGCAUCGAAGGCCUCACAUACGCCGGUAAUCACGGUCUAGAAAUCCUGCAUCCGGACGGAAGUCGUUUCGUUCACCCUAUGCCUCAGGAAUUCGAAGGAAAAGUUAAAGACUUAUUGAAAGCUCUACAAGAUCAGGUUUGCAAAGACGGAGCGUGGGUGGAGAACAAAGGCGCAUUGUUAACUUUCCAUUAUCGCGAAACGCCGCCGGACGUCAGACCCGAGUUGGUAGCCAAGGCUCAGCAAUUAAUACAAGCAAAUGGUUUCAAAGCUGGUCAAGCUCACUGCGCAAUUGAAGCCAAACCGCCGGUACACUGGAAUAAAGGUCGGGCCAGUAUAUAUAUUCUUCGCACCGCUUUCGGACUAGAUUGGAGCGAAAGAGUGAGGAUUAUUUACGCUGGUGACGAUGUUACCGAUGAAGAUGCCAUGCAGGCUUUGAAAGGUAUGGCGGCGACGUUCCGUGUUACGCAGUCGCAGAUUAUUCGAACAGCUGCCGAACGCCGUUUACCAAACACCGAUUCCGUCUUGACCAUGUUGAAAUGGGUGGAAAAACAUUUUUCCAAGAGAUUACCCAGACAAGAUAGCAUUAACGGGGUCAGUAACAGUGUAUUCAAAUCGUUGGAAACCAUGAAACUCGAAAUGAGUUUUCCAGAAAGUGAAAAAUUGUCGCCUCAUUAAAGGCGCAGUCUAGCAGGGCACAUGUGGCCGGAGAAUUGGCCUAAAGAUAAGAUAUGAUUAUGGUAAAUCAACACAUUAGAGCGUUUAUUUCGUCAUUUUAUUAAUAUUUUUUCGCAGCAAAAUGAUUAAUCCGAGUAAAUCGUUAGUGUGAUAAUGUGAAAUGUACAUUUUUUUACAAUAUAAUACAUACUUAAUUAUUUUAUUUAGAGACGGGAAAUCAAAACAAGUUUAUACGAUUUUUCAUUCGUAUAAGGAGAUGUUUUUAAUAAUAUUGAUUUUUUAAAUAAUUUUCGCGGUCAGUGGAGGUGCAGCUAAAUGCAAAUUAAAUACUGACCGCUUUUUUCACCGUAAGUUAUUGAAACAAAAAAAAUACAAAUACAAAUACGGUGUCUAAAUUAAUCGUGUACCUAUUACCUUUUCUUAUACUUAUCUUUAUUUACCUAUUUGUAACGUAUGACGUGAGCAUAGAUCGCGACGACGUAGAUGGCCAUUUUUUUAUACAUAAUUUUUUCAAAUACCUUACGUGCCACGUAUGAAUCAAAACGCAAUGAAGAAUAUCACAUUUAUAUCCAUUCCCUUGCCCGGUUACAUAUACAUAAUGACAAAAAUAAUACAUAAUAAAAUAAUUUAAUGACUUUGAACUGAUUAGGAUUAUAAGAUUUUUAGGCUCCACAAAGGAGAAUGAAUUUUAUUUUUCAUAUACUGUACAAUAAUGUUGAAAAUUUAUGUACAUACACGUUUAUUGGUCAUUCAAUUUUCUUGCGUAAUUUUAAAACGAGGAAAAAAGAUGAUACGAAUAAAGUGUAUGUAGAACGACUGUUGAAUAAACCAUGAAAACUAUAUACAAACGAUUUUGUAAUUUUUACAAACGAAUUGAAUUUUUUUUGUAUUUAUAUUUUGUUAUUUUCAUAAUUUAAUAAUAAUAUUUACCUGCGUAUUCAUUUUACUACAUUAUAGUGAAUCCUUCAGUGAAAAGUCAAUUUUUUUAAAAGAUUGUUACCAUAUAUAUUUGCAUUCUGAGUUUAUAUGUAUUAAAGAGUGUAAUAUUUUACUUCGCUCACGUUUAAUCUUCGAUUUCGAUUUCGAUUCUCUCUCGAAUGUGUGUGUACUGGUUUUUCUUCUUUCGAAGUCUUUGAACAGACGAUAAUUUAGUUAACUAAUUCCAGUCUAUAUAGUUGUGUAAUUUCUUCCACUAUAUUUUAGUCGUUAGAUGAUUAUAUACGAAGUUUUAUGAUGUAUUUAUUGAUGAAUAAAAUGUUAUUACGAUUUA